UCGAUACGCGCAUCGCUCAAACGCCCCCUCAAUUACUCGACACAAGCUUUGAAGCCUCGAUACAGAACGUCACAUCACUAGUAAACUCAGAGAAUAAACGAAGAAAAGCAACGAUCUUCAAGCUCUGGUCUUCUGAUUUUCUGCAAGCAUGCCUGAACACCCAGGAAUCCCGCAGCUCCCCACUGAAGUCAGGGAAAGCUUCUCCAAGGAUGCAUGGAUCAAAUUAACAGGCCCUGCAGCUGGACAACUGAUGGAAGCUUUAUGUCAAAGUGCAGCAGGUUUGCAGGAAAAUAUGAGCGUUAAAGUGGUAACACCACUGGAAGAAGAUGCAGCACAGAAAGACGAUGUGACAGUGCCACCAACAAUAAUGGUCAUGGAAGGAAAAGCAGCUGGGGCUCAAAAGUACAUCAAAGUGGAAAAAUUGUACAGGAUUGUCCUACUGGGAAACACUGAAGCUGUAAAAAGUAGCCUAGCAAACGCCAUAUUUGGAGAAGACGUGUUUAGGGUUGACAACACUGAAUGUCAAACUGAGUCCAAAUCUGUCCAUGGAAGAAGGAUUACCCUGAUCAACACUCCUGAUUUACUUUGCACAAAUAGAUCAGAAGAGGAGCUGAAGCCUGAAAUACUGAGGUGUGUCACUGGGUGCACUCCAGAGCCUCAUGCUUUUCUCAUCAUGCUCAAAGUGGAGAAAUCCACAGAGCAGCAGCAACAGAAGGCUGUUAUUGAGAAAAUAAGCCAGUAUUUCUCAGAGGAGGUUUUCAAAUAUGCUACAGUUGUCUUUAUUCAGGAUGGACGAGACUCAGAUGAAAUGAAGAUGAAAGACUUAAUAGAUCAGAAUAAAUAUCUGAGUGAUCUAAUGAGGAAGUGCAAGAGCCGAUACCACAUCAUUAAUAAAUACAUCCGACAGGGUGACACCAGCCAGUCCCAGGUUACAGAGCUGCUCAACACAGUAGAUCAGAUAGUUAAACUAAACAAAGGAGUGUGCUACACUAACAAGAUAUCGCACCAAGGAGGCACCUGCAGUAACAACAGUGUCUCUAAGAAUGACACGAUCAAACUUACAGGCCCUGCAUCAGAAUCAGUGGCAAAGGCUUUCUCUGGGUCAACUGUUGUAGUUUUAACUCCCGGAUCAGAUGUAGAAGAGGAAAUAGAAGAAGACAAUAAAAAAGAAGAUAAAGAAAAAGAAGAAUUAGAUGAAGUAGAAGAAGUAGAAGAAGAAGUAGAAGAAGAUAAUGAGGAUGAAGAAACAGAAAAGCAACCUAAAGAAGAAGAAGAAUAUAAAAAAGAUGAAAAAACAAACAAGCCCCAUAGUAAAGAAAGAGGACAAUCAUCCGGGAGCGGCGGAUUUCGGAGCAUUCUGGGUGCUGUGUUUGGGUUCUGUUUAGGGUUGGGAACAACCGCAUUAGGGUCUAUACUAGCCACAUUAGGGUCUAUACUAGCCACAUUAGGAUUUAUACCAGCCACAUUAGGGUCUAUACGAGCCACAUUAGGGUGUAUAUCAAGAGCAGUGAUAAUAGGAGUUACAGCAAUAUUAGGAACAUGGGCAAUGCUAAAAGUAAGAAAAUUAGUAAAUUGGGCAUAUGAUAUUAUAUGCAGAGUUUUAGCAUGGAUUAAAAAAAUGAAUCAACUUUUGCAAGACCUGUGUCAAAAUCGAGGAGUGAAUCUACUGGUGUUUGUGUUCUACUCCUUGCUUCUUUCAUGGCUUUUUCUUAAAGGGCCCUUUGCUGGGACACUCAUCUUAACACAGUUUCUGUUUCUUGUCACCAUUCUUGCCAUCAUAGAAUUUUAGCACAGUUUAUGUGUGUGCCCUUUUUAAUUUAGAGAACAGCAUCACACACGGCUUAAGAAGAAGCACUUGUUUGCCAAAGCAGUUCACUCUGUGGUGCAGUAUUUACUUUUAAGUAAAUGGUAUUGGAUUUAGUAUAUAUUCAUUUUGUUUUCUUUUUCCUUUUAAAUAUACAUUAAGAAAUUUGCACAGCAAUAAGAAUCAGAUAGGCAUAGCAUGACAGAAGUUUGCUUUGAUACACAACGAUUACAUCGGAGUAAUCAAUAAUAGCUUUUAAUUUGUAAAUAACAUUACACAAAUAACUUGAGCUUAUUAAUAUCAUACUAUAAUGCAUUUCCUGUGUACAUACGUGUUUAUUUACCAGAUCUAAGUGUAUCUAACAGAAGCAAAAUAUAGUCUAUCUGCAUUACUUGUACCUGCAUGAUGAAUAAAGUUUAUGUAUCAGAAAAUGCUAAAACAUCUUGUCAUUAGCAAAUUCUAAAUAUAUAUUCAAUAAAACCUCAGAUGAACAACAUAUGACUGAAUGUGAGAAUCAAGUGCAGACUUUCAGUUUUAAUUCAGCUUAGAUUUUAAAUGUAGAUUUAACUGUUCUGCUGGUUUAGACAAUUUUAUACACAGAAUCUAAUUUCCAGAUGUUUAAAAGUAAAGUUUUGAGUAAUUCUCCCACUUCUAGAUGCAAUGACUAAUCGAAACAAGGAAGAGGGAAAAAAAACAGGGUGUGUGAAUUAUAAAGUCAUCAGGAAAUAUGUUGGACAGAAGUCAGAAUGUUUGAAAUACCUGUGAGCCAGUUUGCAUGCUUGCCAACAAUUGUGUUUUUUCUUGCUGUGGCAGUUCUAAUAAUUUGAAUAACUAUAAUUAGGUCUAUAAUUUGUUGGAAAACAAUACAUUUUUGUCUAAGUGCACCACCACAGUUGCUUUUCCAAUACACAAUUGAAGUGCAGACUUUCCAAUUUAAUUCAACAGGUUUGAAUUUAUUGUUAUUAACUAUUUAGCAAUUACACCGUUUCUUAAACACAAUGCCCCUUCGCAUGGCAACAGCACUGCUGAGCACUGAAACAUUAUUUUCUAUGGCUUGAGCUGUGCAAUUAUGGUUUCCUACUGCAUUGAGCAAAGCAAAGCACAGCACAGCAAAAGCACAUUUGCUGGAAAGCAAUCACAUAUUCUGUGGUGUGAUAUAAAUUAGAAACACAGGGAGUGAGUACAUAUAGUACACAUAAAGACCAUGCAUUGCUGCAAACAAUGAGGCAGUGCAGGCAAGAAGCAGCAGCCGGCUCAGUACAAAUUUGGGGCCUUUCACUCAACCUAGUGAUCAAUGCAGCACUUUCUCAGUGAAAAGGCAAACAGUCCAGCAUGAAAACUAACAUAAUUUUAGAUAGAAGGACUGUCUAUAAAACUUGGAUGAGGCAGCCAGGGGCCAGCUGAAAUCUAGAAACCAUGGACAUCACCAAAUGCUGUUCUUUAUCUUGUGAUGCUUUGUCAGAUCUUUACUGCAAACACCUUCAGUUGCUGCUUGUUCUCCCCUGUACUUAAUAACUGAACAACAACCACUCUCCGGGAGUAUACAGGAGCAACUGCUUCCAGGUAGAGGAACUACUCAAAACAAGGAAGGAGGAAAAAAA